AUGCAAGACUCUCAACAUGUCCAUCCGACUCGAGCUAAGCCCCCCAGAGGACCACCGGAGCUACCAAGAAGCCAACUCGUGCACGGUCAACAGCCUCACGAGCGCUUUCCCGGCAGUACUUCUCAGGACAGAGUGGCAACCCAACUAGCGGUAUGGCUCCUCAGCCCCAAUCACCCGAGCGCUCUAUGCUCCGAAACCAUGGCGGAAUGGCAAUCAAUGGGCGGGCUUUGGAAUAGUCUCAAUCACCUAGAGAAAAACGAAGUCACAGAAUACUUAUUAAACAACGUCGUCGGAGAAAAUUUCGACCAAAAACUACUUCUUCUCCAUCGUCUCCAACGGUACAUGACGCGCGUUAACCAGGACACGAUUUGGUGGAAACAGCCCCUUGUCGACCUGAAGGGGAGGCAAGCUAAUCUUCUGAGGAAUGGUGAAGACCUGGACCUAAUGGAAAUUGGUGAUAUCCUUCAAUUCGGAAAUCCAGAAUUUGCUUACAACAAGCUCAGCGCCAAUGAGGUAUCCGAUACGCUCCACGAACUUGCACGCGUUUUUGACUAUUAUGUUAUCGGCGCCUCGCUGGCUUUUUCGAACGAGGAUGAUACAACUUUCGAACGCAGCGUCGAAAGUGGUUGA